GUAGAGCAGCGAUCGGAUUCAGCUCGUCUCCCCGCUUCAAUCACUAAAAUUUUUAUCGCAGAUACUAUCGCCGCCGCUGCCGCAUGGCCUGCGAUGCUUUCUCCUUCGUUUUCGUCGCAGCUUCACCACGGCCACCACAACCACCACCAACACGGUAGCAUCUGUGAAAUCCCUAAACUCCAGUCAUCCAUUUCGCUGUGAAAGAGUCCGCUCCGAGCCCUAAUCGCGAUCGAGAAUCUUACUGCUCGAUGCCUAGCUAUGAAGACCAAAGUUCUCAACUCACCAUUGAGAAUCGAUCUGCUCCAAUCCCUAGCCAUGGCGUCCAAAAGCUCUCGACACGAGGAUCAUUGAGCCGUUUCCCCUGUUUCGUCACUCUCGUAGUGGUCAAAGGCCGAGUGUUGCGUGAAGUCGCCGACUUCAAAGCCUCUGCAAGCUUGCCAUGGACCACGAAAUUGAUUGUGAUUUUCAUGCAAUUGAAAAUACCUUCAGAUUUUAGCACCUGCUUUGCGAUUGUCGUGUGUUGAUAUUUGAAAGUAAAGGAGAAUCAUGGAUCUUCUGCAACUCCAAGAAGCAGGUCAUUGUACCUCAAGAAUUCCACUUUGGAAUAGAUGUAGGAAUUACACUUAUCAUUUCUGAAGCUUACUAGU